UGUCAUGUUUGUCCAUUCACACUUUCCGUAGUGCAAACACGCUUUACAGCUGACCCAUGCGUUGUCUGCAGAAAUGCUAAUUGUCAGUAACCGUCUUCAUUGACACUUGAUUACUACUUAACCAUCUCCAUCACUUAACGUCUCUUCAAAAAACAGUAAAGAUGGCAGACCAUGCCCCUUCUGUUGCCAUGGAGGCCGUCCUUAAGCCCAGUUGUGACCUCCCAGAGGACAUGCCCAAGAUCAGAGGCUACGACUUCAACCAGGGGGUUGAUCUCCAGGCGGUGCUAAAGUCCUACCUCACCACAGGCUUCCAGGCCAGCAGAAUGGGCUUGGCCAUUCAGGAGAUCAAUCACAUGAUAGAGAAGCGUCUGGAGCCAGUGGAGGCAGAUGAAGGAAAUGAGUGUCAUGAGUCUGGUGAAUCCCCCCGCAAGUUAGGCUGCACCAUCUUCCUGGGAUACACCUCCAACCUCAUCAGCUCUGGAGUCAGAGAGAGCAUCCGUUACCUGGCAGAGCACAAAAUGGUGGAUGUGAUUGUAACCACAGCUGGAGGCAUAGAGGAGGAUUUAAUCAAGUGUCUGGCUCACACGUACUUGGGAGACUUCAGCCUGCCUGGCAAGGACCUCCGCCAGAGGGGCAUCAACAGGAUAGGGAAUCUGUUGGUGCCCAAUGACAACUACUGUAAGUUUGAAGACUGGUUGAUGCCCAUCCUGGACCAGAUGUUACUGGAGCAGAACACAGAGGGCACACAUUGGACUCCCUCCAAAAUGAUCCAUCGUCUUGGCAAGGAGAUCAAUAAUACAGAGUCUGUCUACUACUGGGCGUACAAGAAUAACAUUCCAGUGUUCAGUCCUGCUCUGACAGACGGCUCUCUGGGCGACAUGAUCUACUUCCACUCUUUUAAGAACCCUGGCCUGGUUUUGGACAUAGUGGAAGAUAUUCGCAGGUUGAACGGCCAGGCGGUGUUUGCCAAAAGGACGGGAAUGAUCAUCCUGGGAGGAGGGCUGGUCAAACAUCAUAUAGCUAAUGCUAAUCUUAUGAGGAACGGAGCUGACUACGCUGUGUUUGUGAACACGGGCCAGGAAUUCGAUGGUUCUGACUCUGGGGCCAGACCUGAUGAGGCCGUAUCCUGGGGCAAGAUCAGAAUGGAUGCCAAACCUGUUAAGGUGUAUGCAGAUGCCUCUUUAGUCUUCCCUCUGAUGGUGGCAGAGACCUUCGCUCUCCACGCUGACAAGCUGACUGCCGGCAAGAAAACAGAUUAAACGUUUGCCUCCUUAAAUGCUCUGUUAGAAACAACAACCACCUUUGUUCCUCUAGUUCUUCCAUUGCUUGACUAGGUGCAGAUAGAAGUCUGAUCUUCUAAACAUUUCUGUUGAAUAUUUAAUUGCAGCAUAACAAUAUUUACUUGUUAAAACAAGUACAGUUUUUUCCCUUGCCUAUUCAGACAGCUGAAAUAGCAUGGAGAGCAUGCUAUUGCAUGUACCAAAGAGUCUGUCUAGUGAGCGUGUGUGUGUGUGUAUGUGUGUGUGUCUGAGAGAGAAGCACACUCAUGAGGUAUUGUUAUUUAGCCAAGAGUUUUAAUUUAUUUCGCUGUAGUAGUGGCUUGACACAGUCACAUGACUUGAAAAUGACUAUUUUGCUUCACAGUUUUUAUAUUAACCAAACCUCUGUCCAACUUUUACAGAUGUGCCUGUAUAGCCUAAUAAAUGAUAAAUGAAUCCUUUCUUCCUGUAUUAAAUGGGGUUUUAGUUACAAAUAGUCUUUGUGCAGUAGGUUUGUGUGAGAGGGCCACAAGGGGUCCACUUUAUUUCACAUGACUGUUUGUGAUCUUUGUUGUAUAAAAGGAUAUACACAUUUUUUUUGUAUUACAUGGCACGCAAGACCUUAGUGCUGAUCUGUAAUGAAAAUUAAUAUCUAGAAUAUUAAAUAAAGUUUAAAGCUCUUCA